AUGCCCACUGAGGUCACUUAUGGCCCGCAGGCAGCUAUCGCCGCGAGGCCGAUUGCUCCCACGACCAGGAAGCCCCCGAACCACGACUCCGCCACUCUCCGCGCGAUGCAGGCAGCUUCAAGAGCUAAGUCGGAGGCGAUUGAUGCCGACAUUCAGAAAUGGUAUGACAGCUCGGAGGCAUACGCUCACGAGCUUGCAGCAAAGUAUGACAAGGAUGCCCAGCAUUUCCUUGGCCUUAUGUUCUCCGGUGGCCUGAAGAAGCAAAAAAAUCGAAAACCGAACGCGUACAAUGGCUGGCAACGUCGACUCAUGAUGGAGGCCAAUAAAGGUGCUCAGCCUGGAGAUCGCGUGGGACUCAUCGAGACGUCUACCGAGUAUCGAGACUCAUAUCACAAACUUUCCGACGAGACGAAGGAGGAGCUUAAGGAAGAGGUUCAGGAUGCAAGGGAGUCGCGGCAGAUGGGUUUCCGGUUGAAUCAGCGUGGGCGGUUGGCAGACGCGAACAACGUCUGGAAACAGAUCACUGAAUUGUUGAAAGGUUUGAAGGCACGCGUCGGGAUUGAGGCCAUGGUGCUCAUGGUCCGUAACAACCACGAGUUCACUAUGGACCCGCGAUGGUACAUCACGGCGUCGCAAAUCGACGAUUAUCUUGGUACCAACUUCAAGGGAUGGGACCUAGAGAAGAUUGGAGCACUGGUGGAGGCUUUCUCGGUUGCAGGCUGCGAUUUCAUGUCCUUCUAUCGCACUGCUCGAGAGAAGGCCGAGCAUCUCAAGAAGCUCAUAAGGCAGAAGAUCCUUGAAGGCUUAGCCACGAUCACUGGUGAAUCGAACAUCCAAAUGAAUUACAUCAACUAUGAGCAGGAGAUCAUCUUCCGUCGCGGCGUCAUUCUUCGUGGUUGGCUCCUCAGCGAGUUCAAGAACCCAUCUGAGCUCAGCACCAGCAUUCCCCCUCUCAAAGCACAGUGGCAAGCCCUUCAGUCGGGUGCCUGUCGUUGGGAGAAGACCACCCCCGAAGAGCGUGAGAAGCUCAAGGCAUCCUUCGCCGAGAAGCUUGCGGGCGGGCAGGUCAAAAAGCGGAAGGAGCGCUCGGACAAGGGAAAGAAGCACGCGCGGCCCAAGAAGUCGAGGGCCAAGGGCAAGGGCAAGGAGGCGGCGACGGCGGCGGCAGUGGCGACGGCGGGCGGUGAUGUGGAGAAGGAGAGCAGUGACGACGACGAGAGCGGAGACGACGGCGAGGGUCAAUCACGCAAGCGUCGCCGUGUCGCAGAACCGAAGAGCGCUGAGUUCGUCCCCGACGAUGCGGACGACUAG